GUCUCAACCGAGCAACAUACCCACUCCUCGCCGCCGCCAUGCCAAAACGACGCUUCCAGGCCCACGAAGUCGCGCUCCAAGAGCCAAUCGCGAAACGAAACAACAACAACGCCGACCCAACGGCCGGGCGCUACCUCAUAGCCACCGUCACCUAUUGGGGCAGCGCGGCCUACUACUUCAACGACACGCCAACAACAACCAAGCUGUGGCAGGUACAGGUGGAUCACGCCGGCUACAAUAACUUUAGCUACAAAAUUCUCGGAACCGUGAAUGACACACUCCGAAACUAUCCAGACUCCAACGUUACGGACCUAAAGAGCAUGGAACAGCACCUCAAGAUCCGAAUCCUGAAUGGUGCCCCUAGCCAACAAGGAGAAGACAACGAUCCAGACGGCAUGCAGUUCACGCCAUGGCGAGCCGUGCUCUACUUGGGAAACGACGACCUCAACCCGAUCUUGGAUCUUAUCCAUCGCAUCCUGAAGCACAAAAUGGAUCAAGCGCAAAUUUUGGACAUACCGGUGCUGCAAGUACAAUCCAACUGUGUGCAGUGGAACCCCGCACAAGAAGACCUGCCACAGCCGUGGCAACUACUACGCACGGAACCAGAAUGGAUGCCGAACAUUUUCAAAGUCUUGCCUCCCAGAGGACGAAGACACAUCGUCUGCCAACUCGAAACCGCCGAAGACGAUCACUACAACCUCAUGUUUCUGGGCGGGCUCUACGUGUUUCGGGAACAGUUCGAUGCGCAGCAGAUCCCGUACGGAUACCACAAAACGGUGGAUCCAACCGAAAAGCGAAUCUACGUCCGCCUUCUCAAAGUACAGGACAGCGAAGACGGCAAAAACAAAGUCCUCCGAGUAGUGAACAACGUCUUGCACCACAUGCCAGUCUAUUUCUACCACUACAUCGAAGACAAGCAAGACCCCAUGCUCACCUGGGCAGACACCUGGUUUCUCCACAGCGACCAGCACGAGACGCUCUGGCAAGUACAUUUGCAACACACGCAGCCGAGCUACACGCACAUCUCCAUCCUUUCCGGCAUAAGGAAGUUCCUGGCAUCAGGACAACACGGCAUGCAAGGAGUCAGGGACUUCCAGAGCCUAGAAGAACACGCCAAAAUCACCGUGCUGAACCACGCACUCGGAGCCAACAGCGCAGAGCACACACAUGCAUCAGAGAACAUACCAACAAAGCCCGUGUUCUACGUGCAUCAGAAAUCCCUCAACCAGUUCUUCCGAUUCCUCCGCGACAUGCUAGAGUACGAACACCAACGCAAGCAAAUUAAGCAGGAGCUGCCACACAUGCUGCUACACUGCAACAGUCCCAACAGCUACGCCAAGCUAUCCGCACCGCCUGCGCCGUGGACGGUACUGCCGUACAACACACCCAACACCAGAGUGGAAGAAAUAUUCAAGCUACCACCACCCAGAGGAACCCGCCACACCAAAUGCAACGUAACGAAAUCGAAUGGAAAGUACAUGCUAACCUUCCGCGGAGGCCUCUUCGACCAACCGCAGAUGUUUGAAAGACACAACACCGAAAAACGCCAAUACGAAGCCGGCCUCCUCCUCUGCGUCAAAAACGACCAGAAAGGGCGCGGGGCCGUCAUCAAAACACUCGCAACCAUACUGCAGCACGCUCCCAUCUGCCUACAACAUCGGCUCAAGAAUCACCGAGACGACUUCCUCAGCUGGAGGCGAUUCACAGAAACCUACAAGUCGCAGACAAUGUAUGCCAAGACACCUGCAUCUGCUGCACUCGCUGCGGAGAAGAGGGGAGUGGCCGUCGUACGCCUGAACUUGAUAGUGCAGCGUGUCAUCUCACAUCUUUCCAUGCCCGUUCGACCGAGCAGCAUCUGCGACCAAAUCAUCAACGACACCUUCGAUUUCAGCGAAGAAAGCGCUUCCACCACGUCCGGCACGUUCUCCUGCCAACAACUAAGCCAUGCAGAGAAAUCAGAGGAGGAGGACGGAGCCGACACACGCAGCUCGGCCCCUUCCAACCACGACGCCGAACCAGACUUGCCGGUGGCAGACAACAAAGGCCACCCAGACAUCGGCGACAGCAUCCUCACCCUCUACCCACAAGCGCUGCAAAACAUUCUGGCCCAAGUGCAAGACACGGUCGUUGUCGGCACCAAAGUAAAACGGAAAUGCACCUGGCUGGCCAGCCAAGGCUGCAUCAAGGCCAGAGCCCUCAUCGAGCAAGUCAGACGCAUUGACCUCAAGGAGUUUCACGAACUGUACCAGCAUCAUCAUCAGCUGGAUCCACCGGAUUCCAAAAACUUCUACGCCCUCACAAUCACCAACGUCCGCCAAACAAACGUGGACUUCAACUACUACCAACUAACGGCGCCCUCUCUGUUCACACGAUAUCGCACUGCGCCAAGCGACCUCUGCCCAAUAAGCAGUGCCAUCGGCUGGGUCAGGUUACUCCCAACAGUCCUGCCUAUCGCGCUCGCAACACUGCUCGAGCACCUAGACGCUUGGGCUUUGCAGAACCUGCUGCAAACGAGCAAAUGCGGUCAUGGUUCCCCGCAGCAUCAGAGCCUCCGGCGCGAUGCCCGAGACCUGCGCCAAACCCUGACGAUCCUAACCCACAACAUUCGCCUCCCCGGUCUACCACUCGCCUACGAUGUAACAAUCACACCGCAGCACCUGCUGGACCAGCAAUCAAGACACCACUCCCUCCACGCCUCCAUCACCAAGGCCGAAACUAGCGCAACCACCAAACCGACCAAUCACGGCCGACACAUGCAGGACCUCCUACGGCAAGGUAAAGCCAGCACGUUCACUGAGCUCGUGAAAAACAUGAACCCCAGCUGGCAACAGAACAAACGCUUUCAAGCAUUCUUGCACUUCCUCAACGACUCCCACACCACGAUCUCCUACACGCCUCAGUUCAGCCAGAGCGAAUACCAUUUCCGAGACAUCAUCAGCCCGGCCCGGCUACAGGUGGUUUUCCGAUACCGGAACCAUUCGGGCUUCCUCCACGCGGAGUGA